GAGCUGCAGAAGUUCACGUUCUACUGUAUUAUACGUUAUAUGGCAUGGAUAGUCACACAUCUUCAGUUAUCGUAACUUGAGCAUUUAACACCUGUUUGGUUGAUAAAACAAAUGCAUGUAGACCGCAGUACGAAUGAGCAGCUGUUAGGUCGAUCCCGAGCAGCGUGCCUGCAGAGUUUCUUCCCCUGAGUUAUCUCAUAGACACUGAUUACACAAUGGCCGACUCAAAGCGGCAGUAUUUUGAGUACAUUGUCAUUGGUUGUGGAGGCAUUGGCAGCGCAGCUCUGUACUGGUUGUCAAAACGGUGCAGCUCAGUCCUUGGUCUCGAGCAGUUUUCUCUCGGUCAUGAACGAGGAGGCUCACAAGAUGUAUCAAGGAUCAUCCGCCUGACGUACCAUGAAGAACGUUACACCAAGCUCAUCCCCGACACCUUCAAGGCAUGGGAACAGAUAGAGCGCGAGUCCGGCCUACAGGUUGUAUGGAUGACCGGGGGCCUGAGGCUGGCCAGGAAGGGACAGGGUGACGCCAUGAUGGAGAAGUACGCUUUAGAACUGGACAGGAACAACAUCAAGUACGACAGGCUGUCAAACCAGCAGCUGAUGGCCCGCUACCCUCAGUUCACAGUGGGUCCCGAUAUCGUGGCCUUGUACCAGAAACAAUCGGGCCUCGUGGACGCGGCCAUGGGGAACGCUGUCCACAUUCAGCUGGCCAGGGGUAACGGGGCUACAAUCCUGGAGAACUGUCCCGCUACCAGGCUGACUAGGGCCAACAACGGCAACGUCAUUGUCCACACAACGAAGGGCGUGUUCGAGUGCCGGAAGGUGGUGGUGACGGCAGGGGGGUGGCUCAACUCGGUUCUAGGGACGAUCGGCGUCCACGUCCCCGUCACCGUCACACAGGAGCAGGUGACGUACUACGCCACGCCGCACAUGAAGGAGUUCACCAAGGAAAAGUUCCCCAUUUGGAUUUUUCACUGCCCCCGUUACAACAUCUACGCCCUUCCCAUCCACGGCAACACGGGAUCGAAGAUCGGGGUCGAUGCUCAAGGCAACGUGGUAACCGCGGACACGAGGACCUUUGAGCCGGAUCCUGUUCGAGAGCGGAUCUGUGCAGAGCUCCUGCAGGAGAUUUGUCCCAAGUUUCUGGGACCAAUCCUCCAGACCAAAACCUGCCUGUACACCAUGCCCCCGGACAGAGACUUUGUGGUCGACACAUGCGCAUACAAGGGCUGGUCUGACGUCAUCGUUUGUUGUGGAGCUGGACAUGCGUACAAAUUUGCAAGUCUGCUUGGUAAGAUCCUAAGCGAACUCGCCGUUGACGGACGUACCCAGUAUGACAUCAGUCAGUUCAACAUCACCAGAGACGCCAUCCAGGACCCCACCUUCAAACCAACGUUUUUCUUGGGCAGUGAUGUACCGGCAAAGCUAUGAACAGGAAGCUGCUUUUUGCCGUUCAUCUCCCACAAGAAACAGUGUCAGUGUCCAUGUAAUUUGGCCCUAUUCCACAAAACUGCCAUCCUUUCUAUAUACAGUUAUUCACGUGGCGUUUAGAUUUGUGAUGAUUCAGCAACGGAAAUGUAUUUGGCGCUUGUUCUUGAUAUGAAUAUAUCACUUAGAAUUCCCUUGUAUUGCAGAUAUGGAUUUUUCACCUGGUUGAAACAUGACUUCCCAAAUAUAAGAUAACUAAAAGUCAUGGUGAUGAUCACCAUUAUUCCAAUAUUGUUCAUUUAUCUUUAAAUGGAGGCUGGUUGUUAAACAAACAUAGUCCAAUGCAGUGUACAUAGUGGUAUUCUUGUGGACCUUCACAACAAUUCGCUUCUUUCGCUUUGAACAGCCUUGGGUGCAUUCGGUGAAGACUAGUUAACACUCAGCACGAUAUUAACAUGGCACGCAUACUGGUCGUACGGUAAUGUUUGGCAGUCCCGAUAUCAUCAGGGCACAAUUUAUCUUCAGUAUCAGUAUCCAAUAGCUCAGUUUUAUCAUUGCUGUCGUAAGAUUAGAAUAUAUGAAUACUCGUGGUCCAAUCGGGCUGUUAAUGCUCAUUAACAGCUCAGGGCCUUUGGCUUCUUUACACGCAGCCCAGACAGCGAAUGGCACUUUUCCCAGGAAGCGCAGCAUAGUCGAACCCACCAAGAACAAUUCGGUGGUGAUUUGAUACACCACUUCACUUGGUUGACACUCAUGUAUGUACUGUCCAGCAGUACUGAACCAUCAGCAAAAUCAACAUUGGCAUUUCCUUGGUUCGUAUACGAGAAACUGUGGAAUACCUCAUUUUAAUCAUGAGUGUUGACAUGCUCCAUGAGUGGAUCAUCAAACAAAUUAAUGUAUGCAAAAGUGCAUCAUAACGUUCUGCCACACUGAUAAAUACAAGUUACUGAGAGA